CGCUAUAGCGGGUAUGUCGAAGGCUCUGUAGGGAGGCUCAGCCUCUAUCAAGCACCUCCCAGCACCAGAAGAGUCCAUGCUCCCACCUCACAAGGGGAGCAAGGUUCUCCCCUGAUGCAAGCCUCUUCCUCAUCAUUCUGGAUGAGACCAUCAUGGGGCCACCGCAAUGCCUGGUGAUGACUGGCCCACCAGGUCUUUCUUAAAUAGGUGGCUGCUGACUUAAACUUCCAAGUGGAGGGUUUAGAGCUGGGAUUUUCAAACUUGAGUCAUGACCAGCCCAGGAACUCAGUGGCGAAAGGACCAAGAACAAGAUUUGAAAAAUGUCCUGAAGAACCUUGACCAAGACAUUCCAUUGGUAUUUGUCAGCGGAAAUCAUGAUAUUGGCAAUGUUCCAACCCCGGAAACAAUAGAUGAUUAUUGCAAGCACUGGGGAGAUGAUUACUUCAGUUUUUGGGUCGGAGGGGUUUUCUUUCUUGUGCUUAACUCUCAGUUAUACUUCGAUUCUUCUAAAAGUCCUGAGUUAAAGCAGAACCAAGAUGAAUGGCUUAAUGCACAACUAGCUGUAGCUGAAAAAAGGAAGUGUAAACAUGUAAUAGUUUUUCAGCAUAUUCCUCUAUUUCUACAAAACCCAGAUGAAGACCAUGACUAUUUUAACUUGGAGAAGUUAGUUCGGCACGAGCUGAUGGAAAAGUUUCAUAAAGCAGGUAUUAAAGCUGUAUUUUCUGGACACUACCAUAGAAAUGCUGGAGGGUUCUACAAGAAUCUAGAGAUGGUGGUUUCAUCAGCAAUUGGAUGUCAACUGGGAGAAGAUACCCAUGGGCUUAGAGUGGUCGUUGUCACAGCUGAGAAGAUUGUUCACAAAUACUACAGUUUAAAUGACCUGAGUAGCGGAGGAAUAGAAAAAAAGCUUAUGGAUUUGAUUAAGCAAAAAUAGCCAUUUUCUAACUGACAGGUCUCCAGUUUAUUUUUAAUUCAUGUUUCAUUACACAAUAUAUAAAAGACAAUCAGCAGCUCAGCAAAAACAAAU